AUUUCAGCGUCCAGCGUCCUCGUCCACACCUCACUCUCUCUGUCACUGUCUCCCUGAGGAAAGGCUGACUCUUAAUUGGACUCAUCUAUCCUGAUUAAUUCAGAGCCUGAAGCCUUGGCUGCCGUCAUAGUGUCACUCAUGAUGUACAGCUUCAUGGGAGGGGGCCUGUUCUGUGCCAUCAUGGGGAACAUCUUGUUGGUGGUCUCCACGGCAACAGACUACUGGAUGCAGUACCGUCUGUCCAGCAGCUUCGCCCACCAGGGCCUGUGGAGGUACUGCAUGUCUGGAAAGUGUUACAUGCAGACUGACAGCAUUGCGUACUGGAACGCCACCCGGGCCUUCAUGAUCCUCUCCGCCAUGUCGUGCUUCGCCGGCAUCAUCGCGGGAAUCCUCUCCUUCGCUCAUUUCUCUGCCUUUGAGAAGUUCAACCGCUCGUUUGCUGCCGGCAUCAUGUUCUUUGUUUCCACUCUCUUUGUUCUUCUUGCCAUGGCCAUCUACACCGGAGUGACAGUCAACUUCCUGGGCAAGCGUUUUGGUGACUGGCGUUUCUCCUGGUCUUACAUCCUGGGCUGGGUGUCUCUGCUCAUGACCUUCUUUGCAGGUAUAUUCUACAUGUGUGCCUACAGAAUGCACGAGUGCAGAAGAGUGUCCGGCUCACGUUAAACAUCACACACGGUGUCGAAGGUGCAAAGACGUCACUUCUCAUUCCUAAAUGGACAAACUAUUGUAAAACAAUAAACUGUGACACUGUC